AUGCCAGGGUGCCCAGCUCCAGCAAGAGAAUCUCUCCUGACUCUCAGGGAGACAGUCCCGAAGCGGCCACACGCCCCGCAGGGCAGAGCUCGCGGGGGUCCUCCCCUAGGACCCUCAACCUUGCGGGGGUCCUCCAUCCCUAAGGCGUCCGCCCCCAGGGAGAGCAGUCUGCGCUCCCCCAACAAUCCCAAGUUGCUCAGUUUCAGCAGGCGGGCUGAAAUUUCCCUUACAGAGACCACCCCCAGCUCCUUCCACGGCCGCAGAGACCCCGGGAGCGCGAAGGCGGCGCAGGGUCUGUCCCCCGGCGGCGGCUCCCGGCCCAGGCAGGCCCGGUCCCUCCCCCUCGGACGCCCCGCGCCGGUCCGCCCCGCCACCCGCCGCGGCGAGCGCCCAGCCCCCGAGUCUCUGCCCCGGGGCUGCCCUCCUCCGUCCGGCCCGCCGCUCCCGCCGCGGGCUCCGCGCCGCCGGAUCCCACCCGCAGCCCCGGGGUGCCCCGGCCCGCUUGUCGCGGAGCCGGCUCGCGCCGCUACCUGCAGGGGCCGCCGCGCCUCUCAGCGCCCCGCCGCCGCCAUCUUGCAUUUCAAACCGGCUGCACUUUUCAGGGAGUCAACUCUGACCUGUGAACCCUACCCCCGGAACCGCUCAGCGGGCCGGCACACGGCCUCGGCGGCUCGGCGGGCCCCGCGGAGCUUGGAGGGUCGGGGUGGGGGUGCGAGGCGAGGCGCGCGCCCCAGCGGCCGACCGGGGGCGGGGAGGGGGAGGGAAGAGCCGGCCGAGGCGGGGCCCUCCGCGCGCGCGCCCUCCGCGCGCCCCCACCCCUCUCCGCGCCUGGCUCCGCUAUCCGGGCCCCCGCUGCUCAGCUAG